AUGAAGUUCUCUGCUAUUUUCAUUCUUUCUCUUUUCGCUUCUGCCUUUGCUGCUCCAGUUCCUAGUUCUGAUGCCGUUGAAGCUGCUGCUCCUAUUAUUCCUGAACUUCUUUCUACUGAACAAGUUGUCUUGGAAGGUCGUGUUAGUGACCGCGUUAAGCAGAUGUUGUCGCACUGGUGGAACUUCCGUAACCCUGACACUGCCAAUUUGAAGCGUUCUGAGCCUGAGCGCCGUGUUAGCGACCGUGUUAAGCAAAUGCUUUCUCACUGGUGGAAUUUCCGUAACCCUGACACUGCCAACUUGAAGCGUUCUGAGCCUGAGCGCCGUGUCAGCGACCGCGUCAAGCAGAUGUUGUCGCACUGGUGGAACUUCCGUAACCCUGACACUGCCAAUUUGAAGCGUUCUGAGCCUGAGCGCCGUGUUAGCGACCGCGUUAAGCAAAUGCUUUCUCACUGGUGGAAUUUCCGUAAUCCUGACACUGCCAACUUGAAGAAGCGUGCCUUGACUGAUGCUCAAGAAGAAGAGGCUGAGUCUGAAAUGGAUCUUCUUUCCUACCUCCUUUAUUCGAAUGAUACGAGUAUCGCUGCCUCUGGUCUCAAUGCAACUGAGAUGGUUGAGACAAUUCUUAAAGACUACGAGUAA